AUGUUCGGAAGGACGGAGCAGGACCUUGAGAAAGGCCCUCAGACGGCCAAAUCAAUCGUGGAUGACAACAGCGAUGGAGCUGUACCCGGCGAGAGCUUCGUCUACGGCAAUUCCCUCUACGCCAGGAUCCAGCGCCUGGCCGGAAAACUUCAUAUCGAACAACGAGGAAUCGAGCGCGUGCCCGCGGACGAGCAGACUGAUACCUCGUACUUCAACAUUGGCAGCAUGUGGUUGGCGGCCAACAUGGUGGUCAGUUCGUUUGCCAUUGGUGUCCUCGCAAAGUCGCUGUUCUACCUCGGCUUUGUCGACGCCAUCCUGGUCGAUCUCUUCUUCAACCUUCUGGGCGUCAUGACCGUUGGCUUCUUUUCCUGCUUCGGUCCGGCCUUUGGUCUGCGACAGAUGGUGCUUUCACGGUUCUGGUUUGGAUGGUGGCCUACCAAGUUCAUCGCCAUCCUGAAUAUCCUCGCUUGUGUCGGCUGGUCCUCGGCCAAUUCGAUCGUCGGCGCCCAACUCCUCAAUGCAGUCAACAGCGAUGUCCCGGGCUUCGCAGGUAUCCUCAUCAUCGUUUUUUGCACAAUGCUGGUCACAUUCGCUGGGUAUAAGGUGGUCCAUAUGUACGAAUACUGGAGCUGGAUUCCGACGUUCAUCGUCUUCAUGAUCGUCUUCGGCCAGUUCGCUCACUCCGGGGAUUUCAUGAACCUGCCCAUGGAGGUCGGAACGUCCGAAAUGGGCGGUGUUCUCUCUUUUGGCGCAACUGUCUACGGAUUCGCAACAGGAUGGACCAGUUACGCCGCCGACUACACCGUGUACCAGCCUGCUACCCGCAGUCGCCGCAAGGUCUUCUUCUCCACCUGGCUCGGACUCAUCAUCCCCCUUCUCUUCUGCCAGAUGCUCGGUAUCGCCGUCAUGACCGCCACCGAUCUUAACGGCGGCAACAACAAAUACAUCGAGGGAUAUAACACGUCCGGGAACGGAGGCCUGUUGUGGGCUGUGUUGGAGCCGCUCGGCGGAUUCGGCAAGUUCUGCCUCGUCAUCCUGGCCCUCUCCAUCAUCGCGAACAACUGCCCCAACAUCUACUCGGUGGCUCCCACCGUGCAGGUCCUGAAUCGCCAUUUCCAGCGGCGCCAUCGCGCUUUCUGA